AUGACAUUUCUGAAAUUCAGUCCGUACUACGUUCUCGGCACGUACGCUUAUAAUUGGCUAUUCUGCUGGCCCAGACUUUAUAGCUCGUGGCAAUUCAGCCGUACAGCUGUAAUCGAGACACAGACCUCGCUAAGAACUCCUGCGAAAGGGAGGAAUCUAGAUGCCCAAGUCCACGCUCCAAAGUACUACACAGGUGCUACAGGUGCUACAGAUGCUACUCGUGCUACAGAUGCUACAACAGAAACGGAGAGAAAUUCCGACCUACACAGAGGGAGCCAUUUGUACCUCCCAAUCCUCGCUAGAGCCCGGUGGAAAAAGACACCCGACCAGCAAUUUCUCGACUUCGGAACAUGGACCGAACAAUGGCUCUAUUGCGACAAUACCACACGGCUAUAUACGACUAUCGCCAUAGCUACAGCCCUCUAUCUGCUACAGGGUCGUCUCCCGCUGCUCACUAGUGAGUGGCUACAAAUUUCAAUACCGCCAGUCGCUUCCCUACAGCGGAUUUCAGAAUUCCACCUUGAGAUCUCCCGGACUGAAACCGUUUGGUGGACCUCCCACACCAACGGUGUGGGCAACGGUGAGGGCUUCUUUGUGGUGGCUCCGCUGUUUGCGACCGUCUCAGACCCGGUCCCAGAUAUACGUUCAAACAGGACCACUUCUACGCCCAUGCUAGCCAGCGAGACUUAUAUGCAGACACGAGCAGCACCUAAAUAUGGUGAGCUGGUUAAAAAUAUCCUCUACUGGUGCUUAGCAGCUGAGGACUACCCUGCAACACAACGUGUUGUUUGCAACGACCCUAGAAGACCCACAAAACACAACUUGAACGUGCCAACACGGGUCUUUCACAGGCGCUAA